CAAGCAACUUGGCGGGAAUUUUACAGUUAUAGAAGUAGGCCUGAAACGCAGAGUUGCAUGAGAUAUAUGUACUGUCAUCAAGGAUGUCUCACCAGAAUGACGUUGUGGUGAUGCCAUGUGCUCACUAGAGAAGGUUCUCACAUCAGACAAGCGGCUUCAUUGGAUACAAUCUGCAUUUUUACCCUGCUCGACUUAGUGCUGAAGUCUGUUCAUUGUGGAUACAUCUCAAAUUAGUGUUCAAUCAAACUUAGAAGUCAUUUUGCAUUGCAUUUCUGUGGAUAUUGUUCCAAUACUGGGAUUACUGUCAACCAAAGUGUAACACUCAAAGCAUUUAUAUUUCAAUCUAUUCUAAGAUGGCUACGUUAGAUAAGUUCCUGCCGAAUGUUGCGACUUCCGAUACGACCAAGAGGAUGAAGGUUUAUGAUGACCUCAUUGCCCACCUCAGCGACCUCGAUUCAUCAAUUGAAUGUGAGGAGAUGGACAGAUUCACUGAAGGCUUGGCGAAUUGGAUCAGUGGCAGUAACUACAAGGUCACACUGAAUGGUUUAGAGGUGUUGGUGCUGCUUAUCGACCGCAUGGAGGACCAGUUCAAGCAUCAUGUCACCACAGUGCUGCCAGCCAUUGUUGACAGAUUCGGAGACAGUAAACCCCAGGUGCGAGACCAAGCCCUGGAACUUGCCAUCAAGCUUUUAGAGAUAGCACCACCACAGUUUGUGUUCGAUCGUUUGACCAAUGCAUUUACCCACAAAUUAUGGAAAAUAAGAGAAGGAGUCAUGCUUGUUUUACAGACAACACUUAAUCAAUAUGGAGCGAAGUGUUUGACAAUCGCUAAGUUGGUGCCAAUGAUUGUGAAAUGUCUUGAUGAUCAAAAUGCCCAAGUACGCCAAACUGCCGUUGACACACUCGUUGUCAUAUACAGACACGUCGGUGAAAGAGUGAGAUCGGAUCUUGCCAAAAAGAAAAUUCCAGCUGCAAAGUUGAAUGUGUUGUACAGUAGAUUUGAUGAAGUGAGAGCUGCAGGGGAUAUGCUAGUCUCGUCAGAAAGCUCAACCAAGCUUGAUCAGGAUGCGACAGAUUCUAAACCAGCAUCGACCAAGCGGCUGGGCAGUGCCCCCGCUAAAUCUAUGCCGAAAUCUAUGUCAUCCGGACGGUCGAGCUCCAGUGCAGCUCAUCAGCGGAAGCGCACAAGUUCAGGUGCUGGAGCGGUGGAUGAGGAAUUCUUCAUCAAUCAGUUUGAGGAGGUGCCAAAAGUCAUGAUAUUCUCAGGGCGUGAACUUACGGAACAUAUGAAUAAAAUCAACACGAUUUUAUCAGAUCCCAGUCAUGAUUGGGAGAAGAGAGUUGAACAGUGCAAAUUGGUUCGAUCGUUAAUAAUCGCUGGUGCUGCAAAUUAUGAUGAGUAUCAACCCCUGUUGAGGCAACAGGAGCUGGCCUUCGUCACAUCUGUCAAAGACUUACGGUCACAGAUAGUCAGAGAUGUCUGUAUAUCUAUAGCAUACCUGUCCCAACAACUUGGUAGCAAAUUUGAUCAUUUUGCGGAGACAGUCAUGCCGGAAUUAAUCAAAUUAUUUCCAAAUACGGUGAAGAUCAUGGCAACGUCCGCCAUCGUGUGUGUGCGAUUUUUAAUACAGAACACACCGUCUCAAAGACUGAUUCCAAUUGUUACACAAAAUAUGUCGGCUAAAUCAAGUAUAAUUAGAAGAUAUUGCUGUGAAUUCUUAGAGCAGAUGCUUCACAUGUGGCCGACGCACACGUUAGAACGACACAUCGCCAUCUUGCAGGAAGCGAUCAAAAAAGGCACAGGGGAUGCCGAUGCAGAUGCUCGGGCUUUUUCUAGAAAAGCAUUUUGGGGCUUCUCAAGCCACUUCAAAGAACAGGCAGACAGCUUACUCGGUUCUCUGGACCCGAGCAAACAGCGAAUGCUCCAGGGUGAACUUAGUAACUCGUCAAGUAGCAACUCAUUAAAUAGCCAUCAAUCGGGAAGUCUGAGGGCACCGGCGAGUCGGGCGCGGUCCGCGAGCAGCCAGGUCGACUCUGGAAGCUUAACACGCCCAAAGCCACAAGUGUCAAGACGGAUGUCCAAGCCAGAAGAAUCCGCAUAUAAAUACACCCCAGUGCGAAAAAAUUCCACGCCGGCGGCCAUCGUUAGGUCGAGUAGUGAUCUAGAUCUUACAACUACCAAGAAAAGUCUUUCUUCUACGCGAUCAACAGAGGGUACCUACAAUUCACUGCACGGUGGAAAAAGUCUGUCGAAUGCGCGUGGGAAAGGGAAUGGAGUCAGUUCAUCAUCAAAAACGUCGCCCUCUGCCGUUAAAUCAUCUGGUUACGGUUCAACGGAACGAAGUCGACCGCGGUCACGGAUAGGGGUCUCACAAUCACAGCCAAGUAGUCGUUCGGGCUCUCCAUCGUCGCGACUAAGCUACGUGACGUACAACAAUCGUGUCGAGACGCCCACUAGUCAGAAGAAACGUUCAGCGAUCCCGCGUAGUCAAGGUGCCAGUCGCGAGACAAGCCCGACAAGGAUCAGUAAUCGUGAUAGAGGAGCCACGGGCGGCCGCCUUGGAUAUCCACAGAGAAUAUCACAUAAUAAAAACACUACAGGAGAAGCUCCAAAGAGAGUGCUCGGCACUGGCCGGGACUCAGAACAGCUGUUAGCACAGGCAUUGCUCACAACUGAUAGGAAACGUUUCGAUACAUAUGAUAGCGAAGACAAUGCUAGCGAGACAUCGAGUAUAUGUUCGGAACGAUCGUACAGUUCUUAUGGACGAGCAUCAGAGAACCUAGAUUACAACAGCGAUCGACGGAAGUCCCAUCAUUCCUCAGUCAAGGGCGAUGACGAAAAGACACUCCCCAAGGACGUGGCAGAGAUUGUUGGCAACCUGGCCAGUGGUUCAUGGGCUGAUAGGAAGGAGGGCCUACUCUCGUUAAAAAAACUAUUACAUUCUACUAGGAUAUUGAAUCGACUUGAGGUGAAGAAAGUCACCGAAAUCUUCACACGAAUGUUCCAUGAUCCACACGGGAAAGUCUUCGGCCUGUUCCUAGAAGUUCUAAUCGAGUUCAUUCAUGUGUAUCGUAAUGACAUCCAAGACUGGCUAUACGUACUACUCACGCGAUUGUUGAAUAAACUCGGUGCUGACGUGCUUGGAUCAGUGCAGUCAAAAAUAUCUCGAGCUUUAGAUGCCGUUAGGGAGUGUUUCCACUAUGACCACCAAUUCAGUAUUCUAUCAAAGUAUAUAACAGACCAGACACAGGCACACAAUCUGAAGUCGAAGCCAUCGGUGAAGACUGGCGUAUUGAAUUACAUGUACACCCUUAUCAUGCUCAUGGACCCGUCGGACCUUGUCAACAACCCGGAGAUACGAGUGGCAGUCUCCAAGAUCAUCACAUGGUGUGCGGAACCAAAGAGUGUUGAAGUUAGAAAAGCUGCAAGUGCUGUGAUUAUCGCCCUAUUCGACCUAAACAGCCCAGAGUUUUCCAUCAUGUUAUCAAGUAUGCCAAAAACAUUCCAGGAAAGUGCUACGAAAAUAAUUCACAGUCAUUUGAAAAAAGCGGCCAGCUCCGAUCCAGAUGUAUUGUCACCGAGGAACUUUGCCAGUCCACCUGGACACACGCCGAGCCGAUUUAAACCAGUAACUCCUAGGUCAAAUCAAUUAGAUGAAUAUGAAACAGAGAAUAUGAAUCCGGAAGAAAUCUACAACUCAAUACGACAGACGUCGGCCGAUAUACAGAAACUGACGCAAGAACGCGACACAACGUCACAAGAUAGUGGCAUUUCACAGAUAUCGCUGCCCGAGUCACGAGAUGGUGGCGACAAUAACAUGAGUCAUCGACAGGACGCAAAUCAUAAGCAGGAUAUGCAUAAGUCGAUUUACAAUCCAUCUUAUUAUCAGGAUCAUGAUGUUCAACAGUGCCACACCACAUUUGAAUGUCAUGUUGAUACUUUAGGCGACAAUGAUUUCAAAGGUGACAUGGUAGCAGAAAUCUUAUCAGAGCUGUCAAAUCACAACGAGCGACACGCAGAGCGCAAGAACGCCAUGAUGACACUGGCCAAGUUGACGAGGGAAGGUCACCUGACCACCAACAAUCUGUGGGACGAACAUUUCAAGAGCAUUCUUCUCAUUUUGUUGGAGACGCUUGGGGACGAUGAUGCCAAUGUGAAGGCAUUAGCUCUCCGUACGUUACGAGAGAUACUGCGGAACCAGGGUGAUCGGUUCAGGGAUUAUGCAGAAUUAACAAUACUUCGAGUAUUAGAGGCUCAUCAAGACCCCGCCAAAUCGGUUGUGCGAGCUGCAGAGGAUUGCGCUACGACGAUAGCGAAUACCAUUCCAUCAGAACAGUGCUUGAGAGUCAUUCAACCCAUCAUCAAAACAUCGGAAUUCCCCAUCAGUCUGGCGGCAUUGAAACUAGAAAACAAGGUUGUGGACCAAAUGCAGCGGGAAAUGUUGCUACGUCUUCUGCCAGACUUGACACCUGACCUGAUCAAGGCAUGCGACCAUGACGAGAGUGCAAUGAGAAAAGCAUCUGUAUUCUGUCUCGUAGCUGCCUACAUGAUCGUCGGUGAAGAGAUGAGGCCAUAUCUGGACGAUCUGACGGGAAGCAAGUUGAAGCUGGUGAACCUGUACAUCAAGCGAGAACAGAGCAAGCGACAGGCUGGCAACUCGGGGAGUACAGUCCACUCGCAGAUCGCUUCCCCGACGUCCUCUGAAGGGAUGCUUUGAUCCGAGUUGAGGAGUCGAUUUUUAAUGGACUGUUUGAAGUUCAAGGUCUUGAGUAUUGGGGAUGAUGUGGAUGGCUGUAAUUCGGAUGAUUGAUAUGGUAGAUUAAAAUUGUUUGGAAAGUCAUUGCUUCGGUGAACAGUGGGUUAACUGUGUCGCUAUUCAGCACUUGAUGCUUAUUGUCGCCAAUUAUAUAGUUACGAAGGAAGAGGCAACAGGAAAUGCUUAGAAUAGCAAAGAACCCUAGUUUGUAGAUUGUCAAUGAAAAAUGAGGGGCCUAUUUCACUUUAGAGGUUCAGUGUCGCACUGUUAUUCUGAAAACUGUGUCCUGGUUAGACGAAGUUGCAGAACUUUUGACAAGAUCGUGUUAGUAGUGUCUGUUGAGGGCAUCAAUAUGUUUUCACUGUUGCUAUGGUCACUUAUGUUGUUGCUGUGGAGAUCAAUGGUUGCUAUGGUGGCAGUGGUUACUGUUGCUAUGGUGAUGUGAGUGUUGCUAAGUAACAACGCUAGGGCUCUGAAUCAAAAUUGCUAUCUCAUCAAUGUGUCAUAAGAAGAAAUAUCUAAGGAGGGUCACCUACCAUAUCAUUGAAUGUAUUAAGCUGCUUAUUUUUCCUGCCUUUUGAAUUGCAUGCUUGGGGAGGGGGAGGGGGGGAUGUUUUAUGCAAAAUUUUGCAGAUGGUAGAUUGCAAAAAAAGGUGUCAAGUUGAAAUGGAAUGCCAGAGGCAGAAAAAAUGCCUUCAGUCGGGACAUCUGUAGCCCCAAAUUUCCGCGCCAAUUUUUUUUCUAAAUCGAUGAUUACUUGUAAAUGUGAGUAAAUGGAAAUAUAUGUAAGAGUAAUUUAUGGAGUGCCCGCGAUCAUACUGGGUAAAAGUGUAUGUUUUCCUCUGUACAGAAUAGAUGUAUUGUAAAACUAACUGUUGGGCUUGGGUUAACCUCAAAUCCAUUUUGCCGCAUACAACGUCAAAUAACUGCCACCUAUUGAGUGUUUUCUAACGACUUGGUUUCAGGUGUGUAGCCCUCUCAUUCCAAAAAUAGUAUAAAGACUAGGAUGCUAAUGUAAACAACGGAAUUUGACACCAAUGACUUUAGCUAACACCUUGUAUAAACGACAUAAAUAACCACCACUUAAUGUUUGGAUGGGAUGUGGAUAAAAUGAUUGUCAUCUCCAUAAAUGAAUAUAGUGAGUGUGUGUAUGGGCGUUCGCUUCACAAAUAUUUCAAAAAGUAAUUUCAUCUUUAUAGAAUAGAUUUUUUAACGAGACAAGGCCUCACACUGACUUCAGAUAUGUGAGUAAAAUUUGUAUGAAAUCAAUAUUAUUUCAUACAUGUAGGCAUCUGGCUAAGGACUGAAUAAGGUAAUUUGGGAUUGUCAGUACUGUACAAAGUACUCAUUGCAGCUGGAUAAAAUCUGAGCAGUUUAGUCCGUUUCUUUUAGAGGUAUUCAAGGGAGCAGCCUUUUGAGACCUAUUUUGCUUAUGAUGAAUGUUCAUUGGGCUUUUGGGACCUGUAGGUAUUAAAAUGGGCAAUAUAGACCGCUAAAUUUUUUUUGCAUUUUAUUUGCAGAUUUCGCAAAUACCCUAGAUUUGCAAAAAUGAAAAGUGAAAAAUAUAUAAUAUUUUAUUGGUAAACCGAAAGAAAUUUCGAAAUCCAUCAAAACGAAAAUUGUGUAAUUCACAUUUUAAAAGAAAAUUUAGCAAAUUGUGAAAAUAAAGCGCAGCACAAUUUAGUGGUUUACAGUUAUUGCCAGACAUGUAGAAUUUUGAAUGUAGGUAUAUCUUAAAAUAUUUCAGUUUUACGUGUUGCGUGUGGUUAUGUACGACUACACGUUUCUGGUCAAGUUGGCCGUCAUGUACUUUUCAUUCAGACAAGCAUUUCACUGCGUGUGUAUACGUUUUCAAGUCUGUGUUAUUUCAUUAUGUCGAAUUUUUUGAAGAAAAUGCGCCUUUUGUACAUAUUGCUAAGACCGUAAAAAUGCAGUGUUUACAAAUUGUAUUAUACAUGUAUGUUGUUAAUGAGUAUCUCGAUUAUUUGGCACACCUCAGAGAUAAUCGGAGCAACUCAGAUGUUGUAUUUCUUCUCCUGAAAGGUUUGUCUUUGUUGAGGUUGAGUCGGCAGAAUAAAUUACCUAUUCUGAAGAAACAGGAAUUUGGAAUAAAUAUCCUGGUGACGGUGAUAUAAAUAAAGACCAAUAAAUGCUUUUACUUCACUUUUGUACAGAAAGGCUGUGUGCAAAUCUACACGAAGUUUUCAGUACAAGCACUUACUACAUGUACUAGUCUUUAUUUAUCUCAUGGCCUGGCUAGUUUUGAACUUCAAUUACAUACAUGGAACUGCAAUUGAUAAAAACAGCCACUGGCACCUUCUGGAGCAUAUAGAAAAUGAACAACUUCUCGUUCUGCGAAUUUCCUGAGGUGUUCCAGAUGUAACUAAUCGUUAAUGUAGACCUAUCUAGUAAUGAAUAAGUGGUAAGCUUAAGGUUGGUUCUGCUACUGUCAUGUUUGCCCAUGUCCACCACAGGGCCCUGGUAUAAAUUUGGAAAAGGAUGAGGAGAGGUUUACUGUUGUGAUCCUGUGAUGCAUUAACUCGGUUCAUUCUCGAUGUCGGCCAUGCUGGUGUCAAAUUAUUAGUAUCAUGCCGCAAAGAUAGGUGACAGCGCUGGCUGUCUCUUAACUUCAGCGGCCAGUCUCUUGUUAUUUUAAUUUGUGUGAAGCCUUUGUUUAUUUUUCGAUUUGAAAUCCAGUAUCUUUUGUCUCCUUUGUUUUUGGUUGUUAUUUUCCCAAAUUAGCAUCAACAGUAUCGGAGCACACUAUGAAAUAAACCAACUUUCAGUAAAUUCAAGUUAUUUUGGUCUUGGGCCUCGUACAAGUCUGAAUAUUAUAAUACGCAUACCAGGCCUGAAACAAAAAAUCCAUAUUAUUAACUGUAAAUUCAGCAGCUUUUCAUUAUUCCAAGGAUUUUUUUGAUGAGCUUCUGAGGUUAUAAUUUGAAUUUUGAAAGAAAUGAAAAGUUUAGUUGUAAAAUAUACAAUGUGUUUACAUUCAUUAUGGGUGGGCCACAUUAGCUGUGGACCCUACUGUUGAUAUCAAGUAUUUCGACUCCAAAUAAAGUUCCAGUGGUUGAUUUUUUUAGGUUUAAAGGGUUUUUUAACAGGAUUUCUAACUUCAAAACAAUUUGUUAUACCAUUUUUGUGACAGAAUUCAUCCUGUUCUGAAGGGGGGUAAAAGAGUUGGUUAUACGCUUAACCAUAGUAACAUUUUGUUGAUCGUUCCAUCUCGAUUUGUCAUCAUUCUCGUCUUUCAGUAAAUAAAAGAUCGCAAACAGUUGUAUGUAUGUCAAAGUA